AUGGAGGUUAUCGAUUCGUUUGAUAAGGUCUUUAAAUCGGCUGCAGCAAGCAUAUUUAUGAACGGUAUAAAAGUUGUUGAUGGAACAAGAUUUCUCCUAAAGAGGAAAAUAACCACACAUAAGAAAAGGGGACGCGAACUUAGGGUAGAGCGGGUGGUGAGGGGGAGGAGGAGAGAGAAAAAAUGGAUACAGGAGAUUGGACGACCCUCGCUGAAAAAGUGA